AUGCUCCCGACUGAUCCCGAGCUCACCUUCCCACGGGCCGAAGCGCGCACUCAGGCUCGUCAGGCGCGACGCAGCGCCCCCGUCGCUCCGGCUUCUCGGCUCACUCUCCUCGGCGCGAAUUCCCUCAGCAUGGCGGGGCUCGGAUGUUGGAAGUAUUACCUCUGGAUGUUUAUUCUAAUGUGCAGGUCGGCGCUACCCUCGGCUAAGUCGCUGGAGACUAUAAUUUGGAGCUCGCAGAAUCCCAAGUUUCUUCCUGGAAAGGGUCUCGUGAUCUACCCGGACAUCGGGGACAAGCUGGAUAUCAUCUGUCCCAGCGCGGACCAGGGCCGAGAUUACGAGUUCUACAAGCUGUAUCUGGUGAAGAGAGAGCAGGCGGAGAGCUGCAGCACGGUACUCGACCCCAACGUGCUGGUGAACUGCAACAAGCCCGGGAAGAACAUCAAGUUCACCAUCAAGUUCCAGGAGUUCAGCCCCAACUACAUGGGCCUGGAGUUCAAGAGGAACGUCAACUACUACAUCACCUCAACCUCCAACGGCACCAUCGAGGGCCUGGAGAACCGCGAGGGAGGCGUGUGCAAGAGCCGAGCCAUGAAAGUCAUCAUGAAAGUCGGGCAAGACCCAGACGCAGCGAACCCGGAGGCUCCGGAAACCCCGGAGGACAACUCAAUACCGGAGACCAGCAGUUCCGGUCUGCCCGACCCGAGUAAGACUGGGCCUGUGAUGCCAGGAAUCCCUGGUCCCAAGAUCCAAGAUGAUCCCGGGUCCUCCUCCAGCACCGACGGCUUCUUGAGCUCCAAGGUGGCCGUGUUCUCCUCCAUCGCCAUCGGAUGCAUCAUCUUCCUCGUGCUCAUCCUGCUCCUCGUCAUCCUCCUCAUCAAGAUGCGCAAGCGCUCCAGGAAAAACGCGCACUCGCAGGCCCGCCCGUCGGCGCUGUCGCUCAGCACGCUGUCCAACCCCAAGCUGCCCGGCGGCACGGCCGGCACCGAGCCCAGCGACAUCAUCAUCCCCCUGCGGACAGAGAACAACUACUGCCCCCACUACGAGAAGGUGAGCGGGGACUACGGUCACCCGGUCUACAUCGUCCAGGAGAUGCCGCCGCAGAGCCCUGCCAACAUCUACUACAAGGUUUGACGCGCUGCGGGGGAGCCAGCGGCGACGGCCAGGAGAGAGGAGCGCUUGAUUUACGUUCUUGGGAAGAACGUUUUCCUUUGAAUUUUUUUUGAGGGGGGGAGUGCGGGGACUUGAAGCCACCCCCCCCUCCUUGUUAUUUGUACCACCUGCUGCACAAAUCUGGAGAAACACGUACUGAGCAGUCACCAGCGGGGUUGGGAGCUGACUGAUGAGAGACCCCGACCGUCGUCCCUCUCCUCCCUCACCUCCCUCACCUCCCCACCAGUAUGCAUCUCCCCUCCGACCCCAACCACUCCCGGAGACUCUGGACUGGACCAACAGAUGGACCUUUAGCUUCCCUGUCCCUGCUAAUGGACAGGAUAUAACUUAUCUCGGCUCCCCGAAGUACAGCUUGUGCUACGCCCAAUUAAACACACCAUCCCAGCACACAACCGGCCGGGAAGCAGGCAGGCAGGGCGGGGGUGCCGCUGGUGAGCAAGUAAGAAAGGAAAAAAAAACAACAUCAACGUGUGUAUACGUGUGCGCCACUGUGCGCGUUUCGUGUGGGGGGGCCCUACCUCCCCACCCUCCUGCCGUUGCUGGGCCAGGGAAACUCUCCAGAUAGCUCAGGUAUCUUUACACAGUGUGUGGAAAAAUGUGCUCCUCUCCCUUACGCACCUCUGAUGUUUGCCUUACUUACUAUUUUUGAUGGAGGAGAUUUCCUCGAACCCUGAUUAAGUUCACAAAGCAGUUGUAUUUUGUUAGACUUUUCCUACGAGUGCACAAUGUAUAGAGCUAAACCCAUUGUCAUAACGACUCCCAUCCCCUCACUGCCCACGCCAUCUCGCCGCUUAUAAUCUGUUAAGACGGACUUUAACCUGGACUCUUAGCUGUUGAGGCGUGUAUGUUUGCAGGUGUGUGUGUGUGUGUGUGUGUGUGUUGCGCACGUGGAAUUCCUCCCCUCCUGCUUGGUUGAAAUGAGUUCCAGCGUUGCUCUGGCACAUUUGUGUGUGUGUGUGUGUAUUUCAGGGUGUGUCCUCGUUGAGUGCGGUUGGACAUGUCCAGACCGGUUUCUCUAAGAAGUGUGGAGACUUUAUUGGAUUUGACGUUGAGAUACUGUAUCCUAAGCAUAUAAAUAAAAAAUAGAGGGUGAUGCGCCGACUGAUAAACAGACAAGAUCUAACAAACACUCUUGAGUGCUCCAGUUGGCACCGAUCGGAGAUCUUACCGCCGGAUCGGCUUUCAGACAGGCAGGCAGGUUGCUAUUUGUUCGCUUGAUCUCCUGGAGCCACAGUUGAAGCAUCCAAAAAAAAUGUUAGUUUGAGGGGCGUCGGUCAGAUGGCUCUCCCUGAUUGGCUGGCCUACAGAGGUAUGAUGCCCCACAUAUAGGUUUGGACGGAGAGCCGGAAUACAGUAUCAUCACAUUCCAAUUGGCCGCCAUCUGCAGAUGAGUCAGCUUGUGACUAAUCUACGUGCCAUCUUCAUGCCCACUCUCACCAACCGAUUGGGGGGGAGGAAGAACGAGGGGGAGAAAAAUUGUUCCCGUGACUCGGCCUUAACCUGAGAGGAUAAUGGAGGUGGGAACGGGUGAGGCAGGGCUGGCCGAGGCGCUUUCGUUUUCGCAGGCCUCUCUCGCCGGCUGUGCUGUGAAUAAAAAUGCUGCGUGGAAUAUUCAGCGAGGACACUGCAGCCCAGCUAUCACACAGCCCAGGGCGACAGCAGCAAGGCGGGAUUUUACUGCAGCUGCACGAGUGUGGAGUGGCAGGGAGAUAGAUGGAGGGGGAGGCGGAUGUUUUUGUGUGUGUACACAUAGGUGCUUAUUUGUGCUUAUAUUUGCAGUUUUCACUCAGUGGAUGUGUGCAAGUUUCGUCUGCUGCUGUGACAGACAGGUUUUUUCUUUUCUUGGGACUGAGCACCUCCUCUAAUGGAGCAUACAGCACUGCAGUCAAAGCUAAUGAUGUCUGAUAUACGGCAAGCCACUAGUGCCAAAUAUCGGCAAAGCUGCGAUGUUUAGUCAGUCAGGAAAAUGUCAGUGAAAACUUUGUAUUUUACACCAGCAAAUCGUAUUUUGAGCACCUCCUUCCUCGUUGAUCUCAUUGCCUGUUUAUGAAAAGCCAAGGAAAACGUUCUAUCAGAUCAUAGAACGUCACUUUUUUUUUUUGCCUUGUCAUAAACAGACAGCCGCUGUACAUCUGCAUGACACGAACGAAUGAAGUAAAAAGCGACGCGUGCUGUAAAGUAGGCGAACACCUCCCCCCGAACAGAAGGCCAUAUUUUACACCAGCGAGUCACAGCGUUUUGAACGCCUCCUUCUCACCCUGUACGGUUCGAUCAAGUCAUCAAAACUUUUCAUGCCACAUGAACACGGGAGAAAAAAUUGCCCCUGGAUCUUGGGAACGCCACUUUUUUAGUCCCUCAUCAUCAGGCUUGACUUAAAAAGUGGCUUCCCUGGCAACUUUUAAUCAUUCUGACUUUUUAAGCAGCAAUUUUUAUGUACCGAAAAAAACAUAAAAUCUUACCAUUUUUGUUCUAGUUUUUAGGGUAAAUAUCUUGGUAUAUUUGAAAUAAGGCUAAAUAAUAAACAACUUUUCAGCGAGUAUUAUGGGCUUAAUUUAAAUUAAUACAUAACUUCUUAUCAUUGAUGAAGAAUUACUAGCUUCACUGGCUGAUUAUUUCGCUUAUAACUAGUAUUUUUUCAUAAAUAUUAAGGAAUUAUUGACGUAAAACAAGCCCGUACAUCUUGCUUAAACGAUUCUUGUGAGUCCGUUUUUGUCCUAUGUCAAGCGCACUAAGAUAUUUGCACUAGAAACUAGACCAAAAUUACUUGGUAAGGUUUUGUGGUUUUGCAGCGUACCAAUAUUUGGCACUCAUGUCUUGCCGUAUUAAAAAGGAAAUAGGGAGGGCCAUACGUGACGACAAGCUGUUGUUUGCGCCCACACGCCAACACAAACACAUCCAGACUGACGGGUCCAGGUUUGUUUCCGGUCAGGGUUAGGGUGCGUAGCGUUUACUCAGCGACAGAGUCCAGCCCAUCAUCAACCAGCGCUGACGUCACCCUCGGACAGGCGCUGCAGGGUUAAAAGGCGACCCUGGCUCGAAGACUCGGUGAGGACUCCGGUGGCUCUUGCGUGUCGUUAACCUCUUGAGUUAACAACCUCAGCAGCUGCCGGUGAUUUUUUUUGUGUGUGUGUGUGUGUGUGUCCCUGUGUUUUAACUCAGCAUGCGCCCAUCUGCAAAACUCAUCUAGAGCAUAUAUUUUUGUUUCGGAUCACCGCGCCUCUAUUCAUCUACACCAGCUUAGGGAGUCAUUACCAAAUUACCACAAAGCAUAUCUCAUUUUCAUUCAUUCUAGCGACCGCUUAGUGUUAUUCAAUUUCGGGAGGAAUUAUGAAAAAAAAUAAAAUAAAAAUAAUAAUAAAAAAAAAAGAGUAAGCAGAGAAAUGUAAAUAUAUGGAUAGAGCCCAGUUUAAGAUUUAAUUUCCACCUGAACACUGCUCAUAAGAAGAAUUUAAGAUUAGAUUUUUGUAAUGGAGGAUGUUUGUAAAUAGCCGUCUUUCUAAAGUGUGUUUUGUAUGAAUCCUUGCAAUUUCUUUGUUUUUUUUUUUGUUUUCAUUUUCUUUUUCCUUUAGACUUUUAACUGAAUAUUGCAACAUGUGCUGUCUUUUACGCAGCAUCCAGUAUUGUCGAAAAAGUCUUUGUUACCACACGUGUUUUAAAAAUAUUAAUAUUAAUAAUAAUAAAAUAAAAUUAGGAUUCAGAGAGGGGGGGGUUUGCUUUUUUUUAUGUUGCCGUUCAACAGGAAUUUUUACAUCUCCAGACUGAACCUUUGUCACCGAGUGGCUUUGAAACGGGAUAGGUUGCUGGAAUGAUGAUGAUGAUGAUGAUAAUGAUGAUGUUGGAGGCACGGCUUAACUCUGCAUAUGAAGGCUGUGUUAUUUCGCUCCAUUUGAGCCUCCUUCACCCAUGGCGACGCCAAAAGCGAAAAGAUGUUGGUCCCAAAAAGAAGAGUCUGAUUUCAGUUUUUAUAAGUCCAGAGGGCCAGAAAGGGGAAGGUCGCAGGGAAGGAGGGAAGGAGGGAGAAGGAGAAGCUGAGAAAAGAACGAGGCCACGUAUGAAAGCGUGACAGUGGCGCGCUCACCAAUAAAUCAUCUGGUUUACACCACUCAUUAUCUCCCAGGCGGUCUUUUGUUUUAAAGAUGCUCCCUCUCCUCCCGUUGCCCUUCUCCUUUGUCGUCCCCUCCUUCCUAAUUUAGCACAAGGAUGCUGUAAGGUGGUUUCUGCUGGGGUUUUUUUUUCUUCAAAGCCACAGUAUUAUGAUUUAUUUUUCUCUCAAUGUGCAUGUGAAAGCAAAAACCUGUUGAAUUUACUUUCCUUUUGUUCGAAUCACAAUGUUAUUUUGUUUCUUCUUCUUGUCAUUCACUUAUUUACCACUUCUCAGCGUAACCUGUCGGCACCAGCUACAAUGGAAACAACGUUCCACCAGUUUGGAAACUACAGCAUAUUGAUAAAUAAAAUUUUUCCCAUGGAACUUG